CCAGUAUUAGUGCGGUGUAGAGAGUGCUUCUCGGUGUUUUUUCAUCUUCACGCCUGCCUUCCUUCCCGAGGUUUACCGAUUUUCCAUUCGUGACUUCGACCGAUACCCGGUGUAACAGACAAAAUGCCUUUUAAACCAGUAGAACAUCCCAAGUGUCCCAAAUGCGGCAAAUCCGUGUACGCUGCAGAAGAACGUGUUGCUGGAGGACUCAAAUGGCACAAGAUGUGCUUCAAGUGUGGUCUGUGCGGCAAAUUACUCGACUCGACAAACUGCACCGAGCACGAGGGUGAGCUUUUUUGCAAAGUGUGCCAUGGACGCAAGUUCGGUCCUAAGGGAUACGGCUUCGGUGGAGGCGCUGGUUGCCUGUCCAUGGAUCAGGGCGAACAUUUGAAGAGUAGCGAGGAACUCGCGAGAGGAUCGAACGCCAUUCUGGAACCAAGAGCCAUCGCGAAGGCGCCAGAAGGAGAGGGUUGUCCUCGAUGCGGAGGAUACGUGUACGCUGCCGAACAGAUGCUGGCCAGAGGAAGGCAAUGGCACAAGGAAUGCUUUAAAUGUGCCAACUGCUCCAAGAGAUUAGACUCGGUCAACUGCUGCGAAGGUCCUGAUAAGGACAUCUAUUGCAAAGUAUGCUACGGAAAGAAAUUCGGACCGAAGGGUUAUGGGUACGGCCAGGGUGGUGGCGCCCUACAAAGCGACUGCUACGCUAAUGGCGAGGCGGCUCCUCGUACAACCGUGAUCGACACCGCCAUAAUCAAAGCCCCGCCCGGCAAAGGUUGUCCACGUUGCGGCGGCGUCGUGUUCGCCGCCGAACAGUGUCACGACUGCAGCAAAACGCUCGAUUCGAUCAUCGCCUGCGACGGGCCCGACAAAGACGUCUACUGUAAGACCUGCUACGGAAAGAAAUGGGGACCGCACGGAUACGGAUUCGCAUGUGGUUCGGGAUUCUUACAAACCGAUGGUCUAACGGAGGAAGAGAUUUCGGCUAAUCGACCAUAUUACAAUCCCGAUACGACGGCAAUCAAGGCGCCAGCCGGUCAAGGUUGCCCUCGUUGCGGUGGCAUGGUAUUCGCCGCCGAACAACAGCUUGCCAAGGGGACUAUGUGGCACAAGAAAUGCUUCAACUGCGCCGAGUGCCAUCGACCUCUCGACUCUAUGCUGGCCUGCGAUGGACCCGACAAGGAGAUUCACUGCCGAUCGUGCUACAGCAAGCUUUUCGGACCCAAAGGAUUCGGGUUCGGACACACCCCCACCCUCGUUUCAACCGAUGGGGAUCACGCUCCCUCCUACAUCGAUGCAAAGCCUCAGGUCGGGCAGAAGCGGAGCGACGGGCACGGGUGCGCGCGUUGCGGCUACCCCGUGUACGCUGCCGAGCAGAUGAUCUCGAAGAAUCGCGUGUGGCACAAGCGUUGCUUCAGCUGCGCCGAGUGCCACCGCUCGUUAGACUCGACGAAUCUGAACGACGGCCCAGACGGAGACAUUUAUUGUCGCGGAUGUUACAACCGGAAUUUCGGGCCGAAGGGGGUGGGCUUCGGCAUGGGCGCGGGCACCCUGACGAUGGCCUAACUUGUUCAGAAAUAUAUUCAACACCAGCUCGAACCAGUCUCAUAUAUAUAUAUACAUAUAUAUAUAUAUAUAUAAAUAUAAAUAUACACAUAAAUAUAAUUAUAUCCAAUAUAUAUACGUGCGAAUAAACGAUCGCGGAUAACAAUAUAAUCACUCGCUCGCAACGCUUAAUAAAUUCAUUGUGGAUCUUCUCUAUUGCGGAUUCCUUCGUUUAUUCGUAUGUAUAGAAAUAUGUAUAUGUAUAGACGCCUGACUCCUCGAACUAACUUUUCGCGAAAAAGUUUCACGCUGCUCCGAAAACUUCGAAAACCAAAAAGAGAAAAGAAAAGAAAAGAAAAGAAAAGGAA